GGGGGUGCGGAAUUCCAGGAGAUCAUAUUGUUUUCCAUCCCAGCUUCUCCGCCUCCUCUUCCUCCUCCGAGCUCUUGCUCCGGUCCGGCGUGCACGCGCGCGCACACACAGAUGAGAAACUGAGGAGCAGUUGAGAUUUCAGUGGGUGGAUUAUCCAUUUGUUGACCUGCUGAACCAACAAGAGUUGCCAUGGAAACUACUUCUCUCUUCCUCUCCUCACUCCUCGUGUGUGUGGCUGCUGUAGCGGACGUCGACGUUCAGGAUGAACCUGAAAAGGAGGAAAACCCUUUUGUCUAUGACUAUGAGAGUCUGAGGAUUUGUGGACUGGCUUUAGCUGUGGUGCUGUUCACAUUGGGAAUUCUGCUCAUUCUCAGUCGACGGUGCCGCUGCAGUAUCAACCAAAAACCCAGAGCCCCAGGAGACGAGGAGGCGCAGGAGGAAAACCUCAUCGUCUCAAAGGCCGCAGCAGCUGCCAAAGAGACUCCAGCGGAAAACUGAGGCAGCUCCUCGGCCGUCAGCUCACACUGCCUUCUGAUUUUAUUUGAAUCCACUGCAUCAUAGCUAUUACUAUUAUAAGUGGUGACACAACAAGGUAAGGGUAAUAAUAAAGUGUGUACAUAAAUAAUAUGCCUUGAAGAUAAACUUUAACCCCUUUGUGCUUUGUCGUGACCGUAGCAGUCCUCAGUGCUCUUGUCUCUUCUUGUGCCUUCAUGUAGACAUCUCUUUUUUUAAUUCUUUUUUUCUGGAACGCUGUCUAUGGUGUCUCGGCUCAUUGCACUUUUGACACAAGAUGUUCUUUUAAGCUAGAAAGUGUCUCUGUAUGGUGUGGUUCUCUUUGUUCUGUACUCCAGCCACUGCUUUUUAGCAUUUAGCCUUUUACGUAGCACUUUACAACUAUGAAAGGGCUUAUGAAUUGUUUAUAAAUGGGUUAGUAACACAUUAUUAAGCCUUAAUAAACAGCACCACAUUAAGCUCUACUGCUUUGAUUUUUGCACUAGUAGGUCCCCCCCCCAAAAAAAACCACAAAAUUUUGAGUAUCAAGAAAGGUAAUGUGUUUCUUUUCGUCGAAAAGUAAUUAUAAUAGUUACUUCCUCAAACCAACCGUAGUUACUUUUGCAUCAUGUAUGAAAAUUCAAAUUCAUAGAUGGUGAGUCAAACAAAUAGCAGCCCUGCUGUGCAGACACUUAACCAAGACUGCUCAUCUUUUACACAACAAGAAAGCAAUUGGGAAGUUAUUGCAUUCAUUACACAAUGCACAGUGAUUGUGUGAUACUAUAAUAUUGCAAAAAAAUGUAUAAUUUCACUGUUGCCCCACUGUUAUUUUCCUGGGUAAAGAGUGCAUUUUAUUGUUACUUUUUUAUUUACCUAUUAAGAAUUCAGUUUUACCGGCGUGUGAAAUGUGCAAUGCAUUGUAGGAGUAUUAUUCAUACUGGAGUGAGCGCUCAUCAAUUGGUCAUGGAGGGUAAGGACUGACUCACUAAAGGACUUAUAAUACUUAGCUUUUAUCUACAAUAAAAAGUGAGAACCAGAGUCCGGACUUUGAACUUUCUCGCUCUUUGGAUCAGAAUCACUGUGGUGGGGGCAAUGAUGUGAGUUUGUGUGUGUGCGUUCGCCUGCCACUCCCUUUCAAGUUUAUGCACACACACACACACACACACACACACACACACACACACACACACAACAACACACACACACACACACACACACACACACACACACACACACACACACACACACACACACACACACACACACACACACACAGUUGCUUUCAUGGAUCACAUUUGGGAUCCAUCUAUUAGUUAAGUCUUGAAGUGUACUGGGAACGGUGUACUUGUUUACAUUUAGCUACUUGCUGUACUGCGUUAGCUUCUGAAGUCUGCACUAAAUUACUACUUUUUUUAUUUUUAUUUUCAUACUGUGGAUCAGUGAUAUUCCUGCCACUUGGCUGCUCCUGAAAAGAGUAAAAAGUAAUGUUUUUUUCUAACUUAGUUCCAUUUGAAAUCAAGUAUAAUCAGUAAAGUAACUAAGUUAGUUUUAAGCUCAAGUAAUCAGUCAUUAAGUUACUUUUUCAAGGUAAAGAUGGCAACACUUUUGGCCAAGUCUUGACACACGGCAAAUUCCCAACACAGAGGAUUUAACGUUAUAAUCCAGACCGGGAGACUUUUAAGAGUCUGCCGAUGACAGGUGGACUGCAACUGGCUGACUGACUGGGGUGGGCAUGACUGAUCGGCUGCGAUUGGCUUCCUGGUUCUGACACACUGUGACAUCUGCUGCCCUCCCACAAAGUUUCAUAGAAAUCGGUUGUGUGAUUAGCUGUAAAUUUGGGAACUAAUGAAGAAGCAACAAUCACAGAAGUAUAAUCAAAAUAUUGAGCACACACCUUAUCGGUGAAAACUGUCAACCCUUUAUUAAGGCUUCAUAAUAAUUUACUAUUCAUAAGCAUUUGUAAACUCUUUAUAAGUGUCAUGUCUCACUGGAUUUGCUGUUUUUUUUCUGUUGUCAAUUGUCCUUGGAAAUGUUUGCUGUACAAUUAAAAAAUAUAUGAAGUAUUUAAAAGUAUGGAUAUCUUACAGACAAUUAACAGUUUGUACGAUGGGAAUGUGGGUCAUUGCGAACACAUACUUGUGGAUACCUGUCAGUAUUUAAGUGUAUAAGGGACCUGCUCAUAUCCACACUGCAGUAUAUGUACAACAUUGUGGAGCGACUGCCUCAGCUGUCUCACUGCCGUACCCUUAAAAAAAAUAAAAUAAAAUAAAAAAAAAUAAAAAUCAUUGUUCCUCUUUCCUCCAUUUGUCCUCAAGAGAACAUAUAAUGCACCAUCAAUUGAUAGCCCGCCUAUAGAUAAUC